CCCGGGCGCGAGCCCUGCUCUGCCUGGCAACGGGCGCGUCCGCGAGAGCCCCCGCCGCCGAUGGGUCGCGCGCACCUGUGCCGCCCCCGGGCCCGGGCAGAGCGAGCGGGGCAGCCCAGGAUGAGGUGAUGUCCCCGGGGAGAUGCGGCUGGUGGAGGCGAGCGGGCUGGCAACCACCUCGCCACCUGUGCUGCAAGCGGCGGGGUUGCCGCCCGGUCCUCGCCCUGCUCUGGCUGCCGCCGGCCUUGCUGCUGCUGUUCGCCGCGGUGUUGCACGACCCGCCGCCUGGACACCCCCGCCAGGAGGGCACGGCGGCGGUGGCGGCGGCCGAGCGGGCGGUGGAGGGCAGCCGGCCGCCGGCUCGGGCACUGCCUCCCCCGGAGCCUUUCGCCGAGGACCAGUUGAUAGUGGCGGCGGAGGGUCCGGCGAGCUCCCGCACCGGGGAGAGGAGGAGUGGGAGGAGGAAGAGGGUGUACCGGCUGGUGAGGGCAGGUAAACGGGGGCGGUGGGGGGCGGCCGCCUCGCUGCCCGAACAACACGCAGGGACGGUCCCGACACUCGAGCGGCACCUGAGAGGCUUCGACGAGGUUGUCAGCGAGCGGAUCUCCCUGCACCGGAGACCACCUGAGGUACGCGACCCUUUAUGCCUGCAGCAGGAAUACAGUCAGAACCUGCCAAGUGCCAGCAUCAUAAUUUGCUUCCACAAUGAAGCCUGGUCCACUCUUCUAAGAACAGUGAACAGUGUUAUGGACACAGCCCCAAAGAAAUUUCUGAAGGAGAUCAUCUUAGUGGACGACCUCAGUAACCAAGGGCAUCUGAAGGCAGCUUUGAGUGAAUAUAUUUCCAGGCUGGAUGGUGUCAAGUUGAUUCGCAGCAAUAAAAGAUUGGGAGUGAUCGGAGGUCGUAUGCUUGGCGCAGCACGGGCAACAGGGGAUGUCUUGAUUUUCAUGGACUCUCAUUGCGAGUGUCACAACGGCUGGCUUGAACCACUCUUGGAUAGGAUAGCUUUCGACAGGACUCGUGUUGUUUCUCCUGUAAUAGAUGUUAUUGACUGGAAGACGUUCCAGUACUAUCACUCAAUUGAUCCACAGCGAGGAGUUUUCAACUGGAAGCUGGACUUUCAUUGGGAACCAAUACCAGAGUAUGAACUGAAGUGGAGGAAGUCUCCCAUCAGCCCUAUACAGAGUCCAGCAAUAUCUGGAGGUGUGCUGGGGAUCAAUCGACAUUACUUCCAAAAUAUUGGUGCAUAUGAUCCUGGAAUGCUGAUGUGGGGAAUCGAAAAUGUGGAACUCUCUCUUAGGGUCUGGCUCUGUGGUGGUUCAGUGGAGGUCCUGCCCUGUUCCAGGGUUGGCCAUGUAUACCAGAAACAUGCCCAUGGCUCUCUACUUGAUGAGGAGACUGUAGUGAAAAACAAGAUUCGUGUUGCUGAGGUUUGGCUGGAUUCUUUCAAGGAGAUCUUCUACAAGAGGGACUCGGCUGCAUAUUUACUUAGUAAGGCUGAGGUGCCAGACUGUAAGGAACGACUGCAGCUGCGGAAGAGACUAAGCUGUAAGAAUUUUCAUUGGUUUUUAACUAACAUCUACCCAGAACUCUAUGUGCCUGAGGACAAGCCAGGAUAUUCUGGGGAGGCAAGACAAAGGUUUUUGCUGUACAAUAUUGGUACAGGUUUUUGUGCAGAUUAUGAAACUAAAUGGGGUACCAGUGGAUACCCCAUCAUCCUUGCGCCAUGCAGUGGCAAUGGGAAUCAGCACUUUGAAUAUAACAGUGUAAGAGAAAUCCGGUUUGGUGCCAUUGUGGAACUUUGCAUUGAUGUCAGAGAUGAACAGGUCAUAUUACAGAAUUGUACCAGAAAAAACAGGAUGGAAUCACAGCAGCAAUGGAAUGUGCAGAAGGUGGGCCUGAAAUUCUGUGAAGUUUUUCACAUGCCACAUUGUAACUCUGGCAGGUGGCCAGGAAACCCCAGAGUGGAGAAAUUAUCCAUGUCUUUUCUGGGAAGUGCAUUGAGGGAAUAAGGAAUGCUACAAGCCAAGACUUGUUUCUGAGACCAUGCAACAAGAAUGCCACUCAACAGUUGUGGCGAUUCGAGCAACUGUCAGUCAUAAAUGAGAGAUGAGCAAUCACCCCUGACACCUACUGUGUGAUGGCUGCAGUUCAUAUCCCCCAGUCUGGUCAGGAGCAGUCAAGCAUUUCAAGAUGUGCAAAUCUCAGACUACUGACCACAAAGUGUGCCUUGUACGUUUUUUGUACUGAAGGAAAUCCUCACAAUAGAAGGGGAGCAAACUUUAAAUAUUUCUAACAGAGCUGGAAAAGAUGAUCAAAAAUGGUUAUGUGGCAUAAUUGACCCCUCUAAACUCCACUUGUAACUGCGAUCACUACAGCAGAAACUAAACUAUUAAAUAUAAAAAGCAGAAUCCAUUGACAAACAUAUUGUGCAUUUGCAUUUUUUAUGUUUCCAUUUUGUUGGACAGCACUGUGUACUUUAAUGACUAAAUAAGAAAAAAUAAAUUUGAACAGCAUUCUAGUCAAGUUGUUCCAUUUUUCCCAUUGUGUUGAACUCUGCCUGUUUUCAAACUAAAAUAAGAAAGCAAACACUGAAAAAUAGUCAGUGGCUCAAGCUAUUAAAUCAAUUGGAACAUCAAAGCCUGGGAAUAUCUGAUGUUUUAAGGUUUUUCCAUUGUAGUCUAGGUAAAAAUACUAUCUGGUCAGUGAAGCUUAUGAGUGUAACUUAUAAAUUUAGUGUACAAACUUGGUAUCAAGUACCAACAACAUGGAGGGAAAAGGAUGUCAGAAGGAAUUUGAUAUGUUAUUUGAAUGGGUAGUUAAUAAAUGGAACAGUGAAACAGAAACCGAACAGAGCUAGCUUGCAUCUGUGAACUGAGCAAAUAAUUCCCAUGCUGAAAUGGGCAAAUACAAAGCUGGAUUAGAAUUCAGCCCGAUUUAAAUGAUCAUUUAAUAUUUUUAAAUUGUUUAUUAUUUUUGUCAGUAAGUUAUGAAAUCAGAAUAUGAACAGAAGUAUAUGCUUUUGGAGAUGGGGGAUAAUUUAACCAUAAGCCAUUAGGAAGUGUAUCAUAAUGGUAUGACCAUUCAGCCUUUUGAAGUUAAAUGAUCAGCUCUUAUCAACAGGGCACUAUUUAAAGAUGACAUAAAACCUGGAGGCAAAGUGAACUGAUAGUAAGACUUCCGGGAGAUACUGUAGAGACACUGUACAAAUGGACAGGUGUCUGUUGCAAAAUGCUGGUUUAUUACAAUUCUGAUCCAAUCAAUAUGUUUGAGAAAAUUGUUUUAAUAAACAAUUAGUAACAAGGAGAAAACUUUACCCUAUUAAAGUAAACACAACUGUCAUAGUUCAUAACUUGCAGAGAUCCCUGGC